AUGUCCAACUACUGUCGCGUCUUUCUGGCUCCUACGAAGGACACGUCCGCGAAGAAAUUUGAACACUUUAUGACUUUCUUCGAGCGCCGUUUCAACUGCCGAAUCCACGUGCUCCGCACAGACGGGGGUGGCGAGUACGCGAAUGUUGACCUGUUCUGCAAGUCGACAGGAGCUGCACGGCAAAUCAGCGAGGCAAGAAAUCAGGCAUCGAAUGGAAAGGCGGAGCGAAUGCACAGGACAGUGCUGAACAUGGCACGCAGUAUGAUUUUUGCCAGUCGUCUACCAGUUUCAUUUUGGGGGGACGUGGUUAAGUAUGCUGCAUAUGUACUCAACCGAAGUCCAACAAGUGCUAACGCAAAGAGGACUUCACCGAUGGAGAUUUUGACCAAGCACGCUCCCGACCUGCGUGAAAUAGUUGCUUUCGGAUCGAUCUACACGAUUUACCGGGACCCCGGCAAGAACUCGCUAGCGCGACGGGCACAAGUUGGUGUCAUCAUCGGUCGAAGUGAUGAGACGAAGAUAUUAAGGGUGUUCAUUCAGAAGGAGAGCAAGGCCACGGUGGCACAGCACGUGCGAAACAUUGAAACCCUCACCAGCAUGGAACAAAAUAGCCAGAUCUAG